AUAUGAUCUAAGGUCACAAUUUUCAUGCUUCAUUCUCAUUUGGAAUCAUUACGAGUACAUAUUUGGGCACUUAAAAUAUUUGUUUGUGUUUUGAAAAGCAAAUCCCUGAAUUGUAGACGGGAGGUGAUUUCAAACAUAUAUUUAACUUUGAAUGACCUCAUGCUUAUGUUUAUUUAGAUGAUUAUACCUUGGCUUCAAGGGCUUUUCCAUAAGUAAAAGAUGACAUCAUAGGCAUCUUGAUACUAACUGGCACAGAUAUUAUUCCUGUAAAUAAAUAAAAUUAGAUUUUAAAUUUAUACCAAAAUGUUACGUACAGCAUAUAUAAUGUAUGCUAUGCCUAUAGGACUAAUAACAAACAAUGAAGAAAAUCUUGUUACCCGAUUGUAAAAGACACCAUGUCAUUACAUAAUUUUGAAAGGAUAUCUCCAUUAUAAUAAUUGAAGUAUUCACAUGUACCAUAUUUACACUUAUUCAUAUGAAACAAUCAUGUUAAAGGACAUAAGUACUGUAGGUUAUUCAACGAAUAUUAAACAAGCUGAUGACAAUAUCAUACCUUUUUUAGGUACAAUAAAAAACAAGUGUUAUUCGCAGAAAAUAGGAAGGUGAUGUAAUAGCACUAAUGGUACCAGAACAUGAUUUUUGACAUCUAGGAUAUAUUGUUUAAUCAUCUGAAUGCAGUCUCAAAGGAUUGCUAGGCAACUGGCAGCUUUUAAGGUAAAGCCAAUUAUUGGAAAAAUAUAACAACACCCUUUUGUUAUAAGACACAAACCCUAUUACCUAAGUAUCAUCCAUUAACUUAUUAUUAAUGAUACAACAAUGAAUAUUUUAUCGGAAAUUAUUUUAUAUCACGUAUACUGAAGAUGACAAGCUCAUCAUUAGGUGACUUAAGUUAAGGAUUGCGGAGAGUGGUUGAUAUUCACACCAACAUAUCAUUCUUAAUUUUUUGAAAUCUGCUAAAUACUAAGAUAAUUGCAAUAAGAUAGAGGAUAUAACUAACAGUGAAGAAAAAAAAUUGAUUCUGAUUUUAAUAUAGAGUCACACAUUAAGGAAGUUCAUUAACUUAUGCGAGCAAACAUAACUACUAUUUGAAUUCAUAAUUGAGUUCUUGUCAGCGUUCUUGUUGGCCAGCAAAAUGAGCACAACGGCUGACUCUAAUGCAACAGCCGAUGAUGGUGGUGGUGGACCGCCAAUUAACUAUUCAGAUGCAGAGCGUAUAGCUCUUGGAUUCUUCCUCAUCCUCAUUAUAUUUGUGACAUUCUUCGGGAACAUGUUGGUUGUCACCGUCUUCUGUCUGUUUAAGAAUCUCAGAACAAUGACUAACUAUUUUAUAGUGUCAUUAGCCGUGGCGGACAUGCUCGUGGCAGCGUUGGUUAUGCCAUUUGGAGUUUAUCAGCAAGUGAACAAUACAUAUUGGCCACUUGGAGAUAUUGUUUGCAAACUGUCAAUAUGUUUUGAUGUCCUGUUCUCCACAUCUUCCAUACUUCAUUUAUCCUGUAUGGCAAUGGACCGUUACUUCGGUGUCUGCAAUCCAUUACACUACCAUGAAACAAUCACAAAACAAUCAGUCGCUGUUAUGAUCACGGUUUGCUGGACAUUACCUUGUUUUAUAUCAUUCUUACCUAUACUCAUGGAAUGGAACCUUAUUGGCAUCCAGGACAUAUUUGCUGCGAUGGUGCCGCCUGAUGGGACAGUCUGUAUGUUUAUUGUAAACAUACCGUAUGCAUAUGUUUGUUCAUGUAUUGCAUUUUACAUUCCAGUUAUAUUCAUGACAAUAGUUUACAUCAAAAUUUUUAAGGUAGCUCACAAACAGGCACAUGAAAUUCGUUCCAUGGAACUUGCAUCUGGUAUGGGCAAAGGGAAAGAAUCAAGUGAAAAUGGGAGAGGAUACAAAUCAAGUGAAAAUAAAGCUGCUGUGACACUUGCUGUCAUCAUGGGUGCAUUUUCUAUAUGCUGGUUUCCAUUUUUCAUAAACAAUCUCAUUGGACCAGUUAUAAACUAUAAAACAACAUUCACUAGUAAUAUGAUCACGCAUUGGCUUGGAUGGAUAAACUCAACUAUAAAUCCGUUCCUGUACUAUGGAUUGAACUCAAAUUUCCGUAGAGCAUUCAAAUAUGUAUUGCUUUGCCAUAAAUGCAGGGGAUUAUCUCCUCUUGAAUACCGCAAACGAGAGUUCAACGAUAUUUGAUUAUCGACACAUUAUCCAUUGUCCUGUAAUCAUUCCUAUCAAGAAACACUUUAUGUUUGAAUCCACCUAACUUUACAGACCAUUGAGAGUGAGUCAAGAAAAUUCGGGAUAUAACGCAUAGAUGUUUCUUACUAUUAUAAUUCACAAAGAAAUGUGCAGUGUUUUUAUGGGCGUCCGAAGAGGGCUCAAAAAGGAGGUGGUGGUCACACCCAACGCACACCUCCCCUUUUGAGUCAAUACCGUGAUUCUGUUCAUGGUGCUGAAGAAGACUUGGAUGGAAGAAGAACUAUGGGGAAAACCCUUGAUUUUGAAAUGAAAGGGACAUAAAAGGGGUUAGAAGCAUAGGACGUGCACAGAAGUGAAUGGGAAGGGGGCCAAUAUGUAACUGCAUAAAAUGUAACUAUCAACCAGUCACAUGGCAUAAUGAAGAAAACAAUAAACAUGUACUUUACAAAAAGUUAUUUAUACAUAUAUAUAAAUUAAAUUCUACCUGUUCAGUCCCACCUCACCCAUUUAACAUUAUUAAAGCCUG